UUUUUUUUUUUUCUUUUUUUUCUCUGUCUUCCUCCGUCAUUAUUUUCCUCUCUCAGAUUGGGUUCCCCACUCGACACCCUAAAUCGUUCAACGUCCCAUUUGGCGCCCCUCAUAUCCUCCUCCAUCCUCGGUCGCAAAACCCCUCCUCGUCUAGUCUUGAUUCUGACGCCUCUCGGUCGAGUCCUCUUGACACCCCGUACAAGCAUUUCUCUCCGUCUACCUUACCAUCCUUGUUACUUGUCGCCAUCUUUCCCUCCCGUAUCUUCCAUAACCUUGCGGGUAGACUCGCCUCUCCUCGAGAGAGGUGCGUACCGGCCCCAUGUUGUCCAUGCAAAAUAGUUCCGCCUUUCUCUUCCCGUCUGCCUCCGAUCUGGAGAGCCACCAUGUGAUCCCCCCGUCCCAGCUUGACGACCGUCGCAACUCAACCCGCUCCGUCGCCUUGUCCGAACUCCCCCCCUUCUCCGACUGUCCCUUGGCGGAGGACUCGCUCUCCCAUCGCACCAGUAUCAGCACCGACGACUUCUCCGAUCAGUCGCCUCAGUCGUGGGAAGCGGAAGGUCCCUCGGACCGGUCCUCGUCGUCUGCCGAGGCGGAGGCCAAGAUCCACGACGCCGCGCAUCCCCUAUUCGAGUCCGCCUUCCCCGCCGCCGCAAACACAGCCGCCUCAACGGCCUUUGGCUUCAAUAUCCUCGCUGUCCACGAGGACCACGACUUUGGCGACCAGGUGACCCCCAAGGUGGAAGAGGUGGACGACGUCGACGACUUGCAGAACAUUAAGUCGCUGUCGGGAGUGGAGACCCCAAUGGCCCAUGCGACCACGGAUACCACGGCUGCUCCCGUCCACGUCCCACGGAAACGCGGCCGACCGCGCAAACAUCCCCUCCCCGUGCCCGGAGGUCAACUCAAGAUCACCAAGGGUCGUUCCAAGACUGGGUGCAUCACCUGUCGCCGUCGGAAGAAGAAAUGCGACGAGACCAAGCCAGCGUGCUUGAACUGUCAGAAAAAUGCGGUCGUGUGUGAGGGAUACCCGCCCAAGGAAAUCUGGAAGAGCGGCCGGCAAAAACUAGAAGAUGCCGUGCGAAACUCCAGCAUCGUCGCCUGUACCCUCCCCCUCCUGAUCGACGGCGUCGAGACCGACAUCGACCGACGGUUCUUGGACCACUUCGUCUACGGCUUCAGUCGCGUGCUCACCCUGAUCAACGAUGACUCCAACCCCUUCAAGGAGAUCCUCCUGCCCAUGGCCACCCAGCACCGCGGCCUGAUGCAUUCGCUCAUGUGCCUCUCCGGCUCCCACCUGUCCGGAUUGGACCCGGAACCUAAGCUGCGGGAGCGCAAGUUCUACCACUUCCACCGCGCUAUCCAGGACUUGAAGGAUAACAUCACGGCGAGAGAAUCGGGCGAGACGGAACCGGAGCUGCUGGUGGAGGAUCCGAUCAUCGCGUCGACCAUCGCUCUGAGCCUGAACACCAUCUGCGAAGGCGAGACCAACGGCGAGUACCGUCCGCACAUGGACGCCGCCCGCUACCUGCUCGUCACUCAGGCCCCGCGCAACGAGAAGUUCCGCCAGUUCAUCGUCGAGUUCUUCCAGUACCACGACGUCUCCAACUCCAUCACCUCGCUCGACCGCCGCCCCGCCCACUUCAACGGCGGCCUGCGCCUGCCGGACUUCGUGCCCCACGCCCAGGCCGGCAUGUUCCUGGGCGUCUUCGACGGGCUGUUCAACUAUAUCUCCGAGGUGACCCGGCUGCGCGACCGGAUCCGCGAGCGCCACAGCCAGGGCUACGAGCCGGCGGUCGACUACCAGAUCCUCAGCGAGGCGGUCUCGAUCGACUCGGCCAUCCGGGCCUGGGAGACGUCCUACGUUCCCAACACCCCCAACUGGGCGCUCGCCCAGCUAUACCGCCAGUCGACGUGGGUGUACCUGUACCGCACCAUCCGGCCGUCGCGGCCGAGCGACAAGAUCGCCCAGGUCGUCGACGACGGCCUGUCCUACCUGGACGAGCUGCCACAGGAUGCGGGAGCCUACAGCAUCGUGCUGAUGCCGCUCUUCCUCCUGGGCUGCUCGGCCUUUGUGCCGCGGCAGCGCGAGCGGAUCCAAAAGGGGUUCGAAUCCCUCAAGGCCUACUCCAACCUGCGCAACAUCGAGCCCGCCUUCAAGGUGGUGCAGCAGGUGUGGGAGGUGAUGGACACGAAGUCGGAAGAGUGUUGGGACUGGGAGAAGAUCAUCAAAGCCAUGAACAUGGAUUUUCUCAUCACCUAGUUUCUUCCACUUAUCGGAUCUUGACUCGGUUGGUGAGAUUGGCAUGGCCCGGGUGCUAUACCCGGACCAUCCCUGGAAUUUUCUGUUAAUUUGUUAUAUGUGCAUACAUGCGCGUUCCGACCCUUCCGACGGAACAGCAUAAGGAGAUUUGAUUUGGCGUCUGAAGGACAAGGCAUGGAAGCGGAUCCAGGACCGUGACUACCAUACCAUACCAUACUAUAUCGCAUGGGCCGGAGACUUGACGGCGGGAGGGUUGUUUAAAAAGGGGGGAACAUGGACGGCGUGGGACGGUGUUUUAGGUUGGCAUUGUAAUUCUAUGAUUGAUGUUUUGUGUCUCCUCGUGAUGAUUUGAGGAUGGCUGUUUUUGUGAUAUCCCGUGUAUAGUGAUGAUCAGCUGGACAUAUUAUUUAUUAUCUAUUAUAUGGUUUGGUAGAUGGUUGAGAGUAAU